UAAUUAAAAAAAUGUAUAUUUUAUGAUAAAAAUAUAAAAAUAUCUCGGAUCGUUGAAAAAGAUCUAUAGUAGUUUAUGUUUGAUCAAUAAAGUGAUCGCGAAAGUGUCACUUUGAGUGAGAAUGGACAUUCUUAUCAGUGAUAUCAGUGGACAGCAAAGGCAACAUAACGAGAAAGAUUGUCAAUGAGUAAGUUGAACAAUGAUUAGUAUCAGGAAGCCAUAACGUUUUUAAAGUUCCACGUUCUUGAAAUAUUAGUAAUCCUUGAAAUUCUCUCAAGUCAAUAUCAAUUAUGUCGAUAAUAGUGUAUUUAUUAGAAUAUAGUCCUGAGGCUAGCGUAAAGUGUAAAACGUGAAAUUUGUGUUUGUUGUGUUUAUUGAAGGGAAAAAAAAUAAAUAAAUAAAUAAAAAAUAAAAAAGAAGGAAAAGAAAAAAGGAACAACAAAAUACAUUGAUUGGAUUUAACGAUCGAGUAAAAGUUAUGAAGAUAGUAAGUUGAAAGAGAUGAUACCAAAAAAACGUUUACAAUUGUUGCUUUACAUUUUACGAGUUUUUUAUGUAUUCGGAGAGGAGGAUACAAAUGAAAGGAAUACAAAUUCUGGAAUAAUAUCGAACGUUAUUCGAGAAUACUCUUUCUUCGAUAAGAACGAAAAUUUAUCUAAUAAUAAAACGGAAGUAGACAUUGAUAUGCCUACGAAAAGUUCUAUAACGUCCGAAAAUUAUGAGGACGACGAAUACGAUGAAUGGAAUUUUUCACAAAAGUUUAAUAAAGAUUCAUUAGAAAUUCAUUUCGAUCUGUGCGAACAAACAAACGCGUCAAAUGGAAUGGUUUUAGAAAUUGAAGACGUAAAGCAUUUGAUGAUAGAAGCAGUUGAUACAGAAAGAAUAUUAAUUUCUUGGAUGGCGCCAUGUUCAGCUAUAAACAAUAUUCUUAUUAAUUAUACUAUUGUAACAUAUUCAUAUGAUCAAAUUAAAAAAACGGAAGAUAUAUCGAAUACAUUAUCUUAUAUAAGAUAUAACGUUACCGGACUUAAUCCAUGUACACCUUAUACAUUUGAGGUAUUUGUAAACGCAGGACAUAAUAGAUCAAAUGGUUAUAAUACAACAGGAGAAACAAGUUCUAAUCUUACAUACAUCGAAGAUGUUCUAAAUUUACGUAUUAAUGAACCUAAUAAUGUUAAGGUAGAAGAUAUUGAUGAUAUUGGGAUGGAAUUGACUUGGGAUGCUCCAGAAAAAUAUAUUAAAUGUAUUGAUUAUUAUAAGAUCAUACAAUGCAUUAAAAACUCUUGCAAUGAAAAUAAUACAAGUGUUAGCAUUACAAAUACUACAAGCUAUAUUAUAUGGGGUCUUGAACCUUGUACGGAAUACUUUUAUACUGUUAAAAUAAUAUCUUCGUCAUCUAUAGAAUCGCCUGGAAAAAGUAUAUACAACACGACAAGAACAAUAACAUCAAGUGAGCCACAAUCAUUGAACGCAGAACCUGGUGAUUUCUCUUUAAGCAUUCACUGGCUACCACCAUUGAUUGGCUAUCAAUGUGUCCAAAAAUAUAAUAUUACAGUAUCAUUUAACACGUUAUAUUUUUAUGAAAAGUGUACCACAAAUACAUCAGAAGUUAUAACGGAUUUGCAUGCUUGUACUUCCUAUAUGAUUCAUGUUAUUCCAAUUAAUAAAGUAUCUUUAAAUGGAAACUUAGCUACUACGAAGGGAAAAACAAAUAAAAGUAUAACAGAAUCUCCUGUAGUACAUGCAAGUAAAUGUGGGAUUUAUAAUAUAUCAAUGACAUGGUGUAUUAAAAAGGUAUCAAAUAAUAAUUGCACACUGAAAUCUAUAAUAGUUAUGUGUAAUUAUGUGAAAAUCAAUGGGCAUGGUUAUCUACCAAAAUCAGGAGAAGUUAAAAAAAAUUUGGACGAACAUAUAAAAUUACCUAUGCUUGAAAAUAUAACUGUGACAGAUUUAAGUCCUUAUACAAAAUAUUCAUGCCAGGGAAUUAUUGUCAAUGAGGCAGGAAACAGUUCGUUAAGUGAACCAGUAAAUGUUACAACAUUAGAAGAUAGUAAGUAUUAUAUAGAAAUGCAUAUUAUUGUGCAUACCACAGAUAUAGAAUAUUAUAAUAUUAUUAAUUUUUUUUCAGUAUCAUCUCCACCCAUUAUUAAGGUCAAAAAUAUAACAGAUACUCGAUUUACUUUAUUUUGGCAGAAUCCUAUAUAUUUGCCAGGAAUAUUGACAGCGUUUGAAAUAAAAAUUACAUGGCAUACACUUUUCGAAAGACCAGAUUGGUGUACUAAUGAUACUUUUGGCACUGUUAUCAUUUCAAAUAUUACUGGUACAUCAUUAGAUUAUUUAAAUGGGAAACCAUACACAAAUUAUACCGUAAGUAUAAAAGGUAGAACUGCUGCAGGUUGGAGUGAUGAUAGUAAAUUGAUAACAUUUGUAACAUCACCAGGAGUUCCAGGAAUCGUUUCUAAUAUUUCACAUAUUAUUAAAAAAAAUGAAAAUGACGAUCAAUGUGAUGAUAUAAAUAAUGAUCAAUUAGAUACAGUUGUAACAUGGGAUUUACCUUGUUUCUUAAAUGGAAAAAUUGAGUCUUUCUUUAUGUCGGUGCAUGGUAUAAGAAAUGGUUAUGAUCCACACAUUUUCUCUAUUAAGAAAAAUUAUAGUAAAAUUGUUGAGAAAAAUUAUGUAUAUUCAAUGGUUCUUCCAUCACUAAAAUCAGAAUAUAAUUAUACACUUAACAUAUCAGCUAAAGUUAGAGAUGUUGAAACUUGGAGUUUACCAGCAAGUUAUGGUGAUAUUUUGUAUCCUGCUAAGUGUCCACCAGAACCUGAUGAAGAAUAUGUAAAAUCAAUUAGCAUAGAUCCAUAUAAAGCACGUAGAUCUACUACAUCAGUCACCAUCUUGCUUCCAUUAUUUUCUAAUGAUAAUGGUUUAAUUAAAUAUUAUGCCAUUAUGGUUUCAAAAAAAGGAUUUAAUGUUGCUUUAAAUAAUAGUUUUAAUGUGACCGAACAAACAUGGCCAGAUACUCCAUCAUGGGAGGAGUCCAUGAAUAAUGAUUUCUCUUUAGUUUAUCAAGCUACCGGAUCGCAUUGGCAUCCUUUUCCAAAUUAUGUUGCUGACUAUGGACACAUAAAAGCAGUAAAAUAUGUACUUGGUGAAGACACAGCUUGUAAAGAAAUAUCAUCUAAUACAAAUAAACGAUUGUAUUGUAAUGGACCACUUAAAUCAGAUACAUGGUAUGAUGUUAGAAUGCGUGCAUUUACUUCCAAAGGUUUUAGGGAUUCGCCUGCUUUUUUGAUAAAAACAAAUGCAGAGUUAAACGUUGGCGUUGUAAUUGGAAUCGUUCUUGGAAUUUUAUUUUUGGGGAUUUUGACGACGAUGAUGCUUUUAGUACGAAGAUGUUCUCCGUACACAAUAUUUCGUCAAGUUUUAAAUUCUGAUAUGCCUGGAUCACCAUUGCCUACUCCAUUUACAAGAAAAAAGUUCCUUGCGCACUGCCAAGAACUUAUUGACAAUCCUGGUAAAUUAAGUAAUGAAUUUAGGUUGCUUCAAACUUUGAGCGUGGAUCUACAGAUGCCAACGAAUACUGCUUGUUUGCAAGCUAAUAGAAAAAAGAAUCGAUAUUCAGACAUUUUACCAUAUGAUUUUUCAAGAGUGAAAUUAGAAGUAAUUGAUAAUGAUCCUAACACCGAUUAUAUUAAUGCUUCAUUUGUAAAAGGUUAUAGUGGAGAGGAUGAAUAUAUAGCUUGUCAAGGACCAAAAGAAGAUACAAUAUAUGAUUUUUGGAGAAUGAUAGAUCAAUAUGAAAUAAAUAUCAUUGUCAUGUUAACUCAAUUAAUUGAGAAGGGUAAAGUAAAAUGCCAUCAAUAUUAUCCAACAAUUAGAGAAACUUUUGGAUAUGAAAAUAUAACUAUACGAUGUACAAGCGAAUUAGAUUUUAGAACAUACACUCAAAGGACAUUAAUAUUACAAAAGGAAAAUAAGAAAAAAACGAUAACACAUCUCCAUUUUAAAGAUUGGCCAGAUCAUGAUGUUCCAGAGGAUUUUGAUUCAAUGAUUAAUUUUUGCCAAAUUAUGCGUCGUAAUAUAGGCACUAAUAAAGGUUUUGUUGUUAUUCAUUGCAGUGCGGGAAUUGGUAGAACAGGUACCUUAAUAGCAAUUGAUAUACUUUUACAAUAUCUUAGAGAUAAUAGAAAAUUAGAUGUGUUCGGAACUGUUUAUAGAUUAAGACAUUAUAGAAUAAAUAUGGUUCAAAGAGAGAGUCAAUAUACCUACAUAUAUAACUGUAUAAUGCAGGUCCUUAAAAAUCCAUAUUUUUUAAAAACAUAUAAACCACCUCAUGUGGAUCCAAUGCAUGAUAAUAACUCCAAAAGUGCAAGUGAAACUACUAAUUCGGAUGGCAGCCUUACAGUAAAUCUUGAAACAUGUAUGUGACUUUCUCACAUGUGUAGAUCGCAACAGAUAUAUUUUAUUUGUUAUGAAACUAUUAUUCAGGCCAUAUCUAUAUUAUAUACUACAGAAAAAAAAAAAAAAAAAAAUUUUUAACCAUUUUGUUAAUAUUGAUAAUGGAUCUUAUUUAGGAGAUUGCAAUAUUUACUAAAUUCUCAAAUAUGAACAAAUAUAUGAUCGAAUGUGCCUUGUCGAUGUCUGAUUUAAUGAGCACAAAAUUGAUCAAAAGAUUUUUGUAAUGAAUUUAAUAAGCAGAAUAUGAAUUAUAUACAACUCAGAAAGACAAAUUUUUUACAAAAUUACUAUUUUACAAAUCAAAAACAUUAUAAUAAUGAGGUUUAAACAUAACGUGUAAAGCAAACAUGGUAAAAUUACUUUAAUUCUUUGAUUAAUCCUUUAAUGUAUAUAUUGUAAAUUAGCCAUUAAUAAUGACAUUUAUAAUAUUAAAAGCAUGCUUGUAAAAUACUUUAUCGUAUCACGUACAAAGACUAAUUAUAAGGAAAAACUUAAGGUAAUUGAUUGUAAUUGUAACCAUGAUAUUAUACAAGUGUAAAAGCAUUAAUUUAUAUAUUUUUAUUGUUAUUAGAAAAAUAUUAUAAAAAUGUAAUGCAGGAAAUAUACAUAUAUGUGUAUAUAUAUAUAUAUUUCUCUAUAAUUUUUUUUUCAUUUAUGCAACUGUACUAUUAUAUACAAACCAUACUGUGAAGU